AUAACUGCAUCCUCGUGUUGCUAUGGCGACGCAUGUUUCAGACCCGAUGUUUUGAUACAGCAGGUUUGAGAUAGAAGUGGACUAAUCUGUGUUAAGGUGCUAACGGUGUACUAGCUUCUCAAAAAGACCAACAAAAAUUGCCUGUGCAAUAUAUACGAUGCCACCCAAAAACAAAGGCACAAGGAAAAAGUCUGCAAAGGCGAGGAAGCCCACAUUGAUUUGUGGCCUCACCAGGGAGGAGAUUACCAGGGAGCAGCUGGAAGAGCACAUUGUGCGCCUUAGAGUGCAGGUGCAUGAACAGAAAGAGGAGAUAAAGUACUAUCAGCUGGAGACGGAAAAGCUCAACACCCUUAAGGAGAUCACAGACAGACAAAUAGAGGAGGCCAAGGCUGAAUGGGAAACCUUAGAGAAGGACAUGGAAGAGAAUAAGAGGCGCCACCGAGUAAAGAUCAAGGAGUAUAAGCAGAAGAUGAAGCACCUCCUGUGUGAACACCAGAACACGCUCUCUGAGUUGAAAGCAGAUGGUUUAGUCUCCACUGAGGUGGUGCAGAAAGAGCGAUUAGAGACUGAGCUGUAUAAGGAAAAGAGAGUCAGCAUGCAGGAGGUCGACAAUGAAAAACUUGUCAAGGAGCUUGAAGUGAAACAUGAUGAAGAAAUGACUAAAACAAGGAACAACUGGGAGAAGAAACUCACAGAAAUUCAAGCAGAUUAUGAGAAAAAGAUGGAGUUGGUGACACAAGAGCUGGACAACAUGAGGAUAAAUGUGACCAGUAAGAGAGAGGAUGAUUGUCGCAGCUACAUCAAUGCUCUUAUAGACGACCACAACAAAGCUUUCAGUGAGGCUAGUGCACUCGUUGACUCCAUACAACAGGAUGAGGAUAUGGCGGUGUCACUCAGGAAACAAAAUGAAGACAUGAAGACAAAACUGAAUAAAAAGAAAAUGGCCCUGGUCUCUCUUUUGGAGGAUAACAAACAUUUAGCUGAGCGUCUCUCGAAAAUCAAGGAGGAAAUAGCUGAAAAUCUGAAGAAAACCAAAUACUACGCGGAAAAAAAGAAUUUCGAUCACAAGGUCAGAAAGCAGCGUCAAAAGGAGCUGAAAGAGCUGAAAUUGGAAUGUAAGGAGCUGGAUCAGAAAAUCAGCAAGGUUCAGCUGGACAGGGACAACCUGCACAAGACAUUCACUGAGAAUAUUCAGAAGGUGCAGCUUAAAGCAGAUUCCAAUAUCAUGCGGCUGGAAAAGAAGCUGAAAGACCUGACAGACAACGUGAAGAAGACGCAGGCUCAGUUCAGCUCGGUGCUUUCUGCCUCUAACGUGGACCAAAGUGCCCUUGGUGGGGUCAUAAACAAAAUGGAGGAAUAUCUUGACUCCCGUAAUAAUUCUAUCAAGAACUUGCAGUUUAGAAAAGCUCAGAUUUCCAAGGCCCAUAAGGAUUUGCUGCUGACCUACGAAGCACUUGGUGUCCCUGUGUAGGAGCUUUGUGUAAAGCCCUUUGAGAGCAGACUUGGAUCCUGGGUUUGCCCCAAAAUGAGAAGCAGUGAAUCCAAAGUCCAGUGUACCAUUUACAGCAACUCUCACUUUCUUUGCAUCGUUCAUCAUUACAAUCUGACAUGUUUCUUAUACUUUACUUUGAUACAAAUCUUGAUGUUCAGUGACACAAAAAUAUUAAAAUGAAAUAUUGUUUUCUCUCUCUCAUAA